ACCUGCCAACGUCCCGCUGCGCGACCCCUCGCGCCAAUUCCAUCUAACACAAUUGGCUGAGAGAGAGAGAGAGAGAGAGGGAGAGAGAGAGAGAGACGCAGACGCGCAAGGAGAGAGAAAGACAGACAGUGAGAGAGAGACCUAGGCACAGACGCGGAGAGAGAGAGAGAGAGAGACAGAGAGAGGAUGGCUGGUAGGAUUUAGCCUCGGCAGCACAACAACAAGCUUAUUAGCCUACCUUUCUCUCCACGCGCUUGGAAACGGAUUUACGCGCACCAAAAAGAGGAGUUUUGAGGACUAGUAGGAUGCUGAGUAUCUUUUCUCCUUGCCACUGUUCUCCACCCUGCUCUCCAUGACCUGAGAGCGCCACCACAGCGGGAGGAACGAAACACCAGAGAGAGAGAGGAAGAGGAGGGCAGAAGGUCCAGGAAGGAAGGAACACACUUUUUUGUUGUUAUUGUUUGUUUUCCUUUCUGAAAUGGCGGCGACGGAGGCCAACGCUGCACCAGUAGUCCAGGAAGACGGGAAAACCCCUGAGAGCAAGCCGACAGAGGCGGAGCAACCAGCUAAAAAUGCCAACGCAAAUUCAGAGACUGUCAACAGUGAGGUUGUCGAUAAAGAUGGCACUGCUGUCAACAGUGAGGUGGUCGAUAACAAAGAGACUGUGAAUAAUGACACUGCGCCGCCAGCGGCGGCGGCUGCAGACGCUGAAGAGGGAGGAGAAGCAGCAAGUGGGGAGGUAGCACCUCCUCAGAGCUCAGAAAAUGCCUCUUCUACUGAACCCAAGACCUCAUUCCUGGACUCGUUCCUCAACAAGAGCGGCCUGGGGAAGGUGAUGGGAGGACGGAAGAAGAAAGAGCAGAGCACAGGUGCAGGAGGAGAGGAGAACGCAACUGAGGGUGGGGAGAAAGAGGGAGAGAAAGGAGAGGAGGCCGCAGCAACUGAGGGAGGAGAAGAGGGAGGUGCAGAAGGAGAGGCUGCGAUAGAGAAAGCUCCAGAAAAUGGAGAGAAGGAAGAGGAGAAGAAAGCAGAGAAGGGCAAACCGGCGGAGGCUAAAUCCACGGUUAGAGAUCUGAUCAGGAAACCCGUGGCGAGGAUCUUCUCCCAUCGCAGCACCGAGAAGAAGGACGGCACUGCUGCCGAGCCCCAGAAACAAAUCAAAGUUCGGUCCAGGUCUCUGGACCGGCUGGAAGAUCCCGAAGCACUUAACACCACUGCAGACUCCACCAUAGAGGAGGUAGGAGCAGCAGGAGAAGCGGAGGGAGGUGCAGAGGGAGAGCAGAAAGCUUCAUCCUCCUCGGCAACCACCAAGCACAUGAAGCGCUGGCACUCCUUCAAGAAGCUCAUGGCUCAGAAGGCGCACAAGAAGAGCGGGGGAGGAGGAGAGGACGGGAAGGAGGACGGAGUGGACGGAGAAGGAGGCGGUGGAGACUCCUCCACACUGGACUCCAAGGAGUCGGGGCAGAAGAGGUGGAAGCUGAAACGCUCCUGGACCUUCCAGGGCCUGAAGAGGGACCCGUCCAUGGUCGGUAUCAGCGGCAAGGCCAAGAGCUCCGACAAAGAUUCUGCUGACAACGCCAAGCCAGAGGAGGCGGCAGCAGGAGGAGAGGAGGGGGGAGAGGAGGCCAAGGCAGAGGGAGGCGAGGAGAAGGAGAAGGCAGAGGGAGAUGAGGAGAAGGAGAAGGCGGAGGGAGGUGAGGAGGAGAAGGCGGCGACAGCAGGAGGUGGGACGGUGACGCAACAUGCCAACGAGAUCUGGACCUCUUUCAAGAAGCGUGUUAUCCCCAAGUCCAAACGGGCCAACACAGAGUGCGCCCCCAGCGGGGAGGAGGACGCCGCUGCAGCUGCCACCUCAGGUGAGGAAGGAGCAGCAGAGGAGGGCAAAGACAGCAAAGAUGGCAAGUCAGCCAAGGCCAAGCGCUCACAUUUUGGCCGUGCAGUUUCCCUGAAGAACUUCAUCCUGCGAAAGGGCAAGUCCACCAGUGUGGACCUGGGCGAGGGCACCAAGGAAGAGGAGGAGGCUGCAGAGGGAGGAGAGGGAGGAGAAGCAGCGGAGGAAGGAGGCGCCGACAAUGAAGCCCCGGCAGCGAACGAGGAGACCAACGACAAAGAUGUAGCUGAGCCUGAGAAAACGGCGGCAGAGGAGAGCGGAGGCGAGGCAGUCACGGAGGCGGAGAAGACGCCGGCUGAGGCUCCAGUGACCAACGGGGAGAACGGCUGCUCCAAUGGCGUGGCAGAGGAGAACGCCACACACAAUCACCAGGAGGAGGAGAAGACGACAGGGAGCAGCCCCGUGAAGAAGAGCAAGGAGACAGGGGGAGUAAAAGAGGAGGCCAAUGCCAAGAUCAUCAACGCCACGGCAGCUGUGAACAGCGACAAAAAGGCGGGAAACGUGUGAGGCCACACAAAGAGGAUUAGAACUGCCCGGGAUUCGCUGAGCAAGGAGCUCUGAGCCCCGCCCCCACCCCGCACCCUACCCCACCUCCCUCAACUCCUCCUCCUCCUCCUUCCUCCCCCUCCUCCUCUCUCCCUUCAUCCCUCCUCCUUCCUCCCGAGUAAGUGGAGUAAUCACGUGUUAACCGAUCACCAUGGUGAGAAAGAGAGAGAGAGAAGUUGAGAGAAUGAGAGAGAUGCAAUUCAUGUAGAUGAGAAGUGAAAAAUAAUAAUUACUCAGAAAGCAAUAAUUCAAGCCCCUCUUUUCGUCCCCCAUCCAUCCAUCCAUCCAUCCAUCCAUCCAUCCAUCCAUCCAUCCAUCCCUUCAUCUCUCUGUCCCCUCCGUCCAAUACAUGCAUACAUACAAACAAACAUGUACAUCCAUGUUUUUAUUUUUUCUUUGCUUGUCUGUGAGAUUUUAUAUUGUCUACGAGAAAAAGGAAAUGCAGAAAUGUAAAAAAUGAAAAUCGAGACAUUCCACCCCCCCCACUCCCCACCCCCACCCCCACCACCACCCCCGGCCGCCCUAUUUUACUCCUCGUUGAACUACUUUAACUCUGCUCUCUGUCUCUGCCGACUCCUGAUUGGUGGAUUUAAAGAACAAAAAAGAAAAAAAAGGACUGUUAGUUUUAUAUUGACGGCCAUUUUGGUUUGUAGUCGCCCCUCAACUCCCCCUCGCCCCCCCCCCCCCUUUCCAUCCAUCCCAGUAGAUAUUUGACAGUACAGCAGGACCAUGUUGCUACAGUAUAUAAACUGCCCUGAGGACUGCCACUUCCCAACCAACACUGCAAUGUCUUCAGCUCUGUGUGUUUAAUGUUUUUAGACUGUUAUAUUGUGUACAUGAAUUAAAAAAAAAAAAAAAGAAAAACCACCAUCGAAUAUUAAAGUCAAAAUGUUUUUUUUUUCUUUUUUCCUGUUUGGUUUGGAUUCUUUUUUUCUUUCUUGUUUCGUUUUUUAAAAACACAUCUUCUCACUGUUACCGCAGUCUGAUGAUAUGCUGUAAUUAAAAAAUAAUAAUAAUGAUGAUGAUGUUUUGUUGGUCCAAGUUUUCACAUGUCCGCUAGCAAAUUGUCGAGAAAAAAAUAGUACAAUAAAGACUAAAAUCUAACAACUAAA